AUGCAAACGAUCAAUCGAGCGAAUGAGACAGAAUUAGCAAGCGUGCAAUUUUUUAUCGAUGCGCCCUUCACAAUUUGUGACAGCUUUGUUAGCAGGCUGAAAGCAGAGGAGCAAGUCAAACGAUGCCCUCAUAAUCUAUGGCACAACGGCGCAUUCUUGAUCAUAUUCUUUGCCGUGCUCAUCAUAGGUAGUGGUCGGCGUGUGGACGAUGGUUUAAAAUGGAUAUUUUAUCAUUCACCAGAUAUAUCUUCCCCUAAUCUUGAUUUGCGAAUAUACGGUAUAAUCCUCAGUGUGUUCUCUCUUCCUGGUUUCACUCUUUUCAUCAAAGCCGGAAUUCUCACGUAUUACGUUUUCCGAAGUUCACUGGAGCUGCAGUUUGUUGACAAGUUGGCCAUAUAUUUAUGUGCCGCGAUAACGAUGCUGUUCAUGCUUUUGCAAUCGCCAAGUGCGCUGAGAAAUAUCCGCCGUGAUCGUCAGCUUCGAAGUGAGAUGAAAUUAAUGAUCGAAAAUGAAAACAAGGGAGAGACACCACACAAUAAAGACGAGUUGAUUGACAAUGAGGUAAUUGGUCAUUUGGGAAAGUUGACUGAGGGAUAUCAGUCGGUGAAAAGGGCUGAGAUAAUUCGCAAAAUGAACGGAGAGCGGCUUAAUUCGAAAGACCUGUGUUCAGCAAUUCAUUUUUUGGAUGAAGAUUCAAGGGAUUUCUAUAAAGUUCUGUUUGGGGGUUUCUCCGAGGAAUUAACCAAAUAUUAUGGCGACAUGCAUAAGGAAGCGAGCUCUAAGGGUGCGGAAUUCUACGGAAGAUUGGUUCGCAAAUUACUGCGGGAUGAACUGUACUUGUUCGAUUUCUUCAACGAUCUCGAUACAGCACAUGAAAUGCUUAAAAUCUUCAAUAAAGAAUUGAUAGAACCGCAACGACAACAGGAAAUGAGCGGUGACCUAGAAUAUGUAGCGUAUAUGCGAGUGGACAGCAGUCAAAUGUUGAUGUUUGGACAGCAAGGUUACAGCAUGUUCGGUAAGCCAGUUCACUCUUGCCACUUCGUCGAAGAUGAAAUUGGAGGAAUUGAAUCGGUAGGCACCGAUUCGUUGGCCAUCGAAAAUCGUUGGCUCGAAACCGAAAACGACUUUUCCAACAGUGAUGUAACUGGUAACCGAGUGAUUCCUUUCGGUGGCUAUCACCGAGGCAAAUUUCGAGCACAGGUCGGCUUCGAUCAACAGGCAAGGAAGAUCAAAUUUCCAUACCACCGAUUGAAACCGGACGCGAUUGAUUAG